AUGGUGAAAUAUUUAAAAAUUGUCGACCCAUUCAUCGUGCUUGCGGUCUUCGUCGCAAGCAUCGAGGCUCAAGAUCCGGCAAAGCUUCCCACCAACUAUCAGCUCUUCGCCGACGGAAUAUCACCAGAGCCAUACCUUGCCAAGUUGCCAAAUAUACAUGAAUUCCAUAAGAACAGAGAUGUCAUUACAGCCAGCUCUCAAGGUACAGUUCAUGUAUAUGUAAAUUCUGGCGCGACGGAGCAGCCAGUUUUCCUGGAAGGCAAAGUUUACAAUGAUAACUACGUUCAUGUACCAUUGAGAACCUCGGUAAAUCAGGAACGUCCACAGAUAAAGCCGGGCGAGGUCUUAGUUGAAGGAAAUACUGAGAAAUUCUGGCCCCAGGGCACCGCAUACACCAGACGAGAAAUUGUCCAAUUUGGCUGCAAUGAUAACGGUACCAGAUGUACCACCGAGGGCUUUCGCUAUAGACCGAAUGGUGACAUUUACAACGUCAACGAAGCGACAUUUAACCCAAAGGGUAAUGGCCAUGUACACGCUGGUGGAGCUCACCUGGAUCACAGUCUUGUAGAUGGCUACACAACCAAAAUGCUCGUAGCUCCUGACAGCGAUAUGUGUCUUCCGUACGGCUGCACCGAAGACCCGACCGGUGGUUGGUGUCCAAAUACCCAUAAGGUUAUCCUUAGUGGCGAGCCAAAUCAUGCGGGUUGUGCCUCUGAUUGCAAGAUUCACAAUACUGAUGCGGCAUGCUGCAGAGGGGUCCAUAAUCACAACCAGUGCCGAGCAUCUAGCCAGCACUUCUCAAACCGAUGCAAGAAUUCGUAUGCCUAUGCAUAUGACGACAGAGUUGGUCUGAAAUUCUGCAAAGAAGUUCCAGACGUGAUCUAUCACUUCUUCAACAUGGACUUGGAUUGUGAUUGGGCAAUUGUCGACCCCAAUACAAAGGAGUUAUCUGCCGAUUCGAGAAAAUGUUUGAAUAGAUUGAUUCAAGCUCCGGCUUAA